UUUAAUUUUAGUAGAAAAUACGUGCAUUAUAUUCUUUUUUUUUAUUAUCUAGUACUUUUUUCUUCUAACGUAUUUCUUGUCAUUGACAAAAGACGGCGCUACAGUCGCGAGGAAAAUAACGAGUACCAUCUGAUCGAAUUUACCAGAGCACGUUUGAGAACAUUGAAAUUCAAACCGAUUAUCCGAGAUGUCAAUUGUCAAAUAAUUGUAAACAAUGUAAAAGUGAUACAUACAAUAUAUCAAACUGUAUUGGGAAAUCAUCUUCGAGAUAGAUCUGCUAGAUCUGUUAUCUAAGAAAAGAAAAAUGAUAGAUGCAGCCUCUAUUAAAGAUAGGUUUUUGACAACCGGUUGUUCGAGACUGGAUGCAAAACUCGGGGGUGGCAUACCUUGCAGGGGUAUCACGCAGCUUUAUGGUGCUGCCGGUACUGGAAAGACACAGUUGGCUCUGCAGUUGUGUCUCACCGUCCAACUGCCGAUAACUACUGGCGGUCUCGGAGCUGGUGCCAUAUACAUUUGUACAGAAACUACUUUUCCUUCAAAACGGUUGCAACAAUUGCUGACGAAAUCAGAGAUAGCCAAAACUCAUUCUGUGAAUGGGGAUGUGAUACUUGUGGGCCAUAUAGCUACUAGUGAAGAGUUGGUAUUGUGCCUACAACGCAGAGUUCCAGUGCUGAUGAAUACUCGUAAAAUAGGAUUGUUAAUUAUCGAUUCGAUAGCUGCCCCUUAUAGAGUAGAGGAUUGGAAUGAUGAGCUACAAUGUAGAACUAAGAGGAGCAUCGGAAGGCAAUUACAUAAACUUUGUAAAAAUGAUGAUUUGUGCGUGAUCUGCAUUAACCAGGUUUCUGCAGUUAUAGAUGGUCAUAGACUUAUUUCUGAAGGUGCGAAUGAGCAGCCAGCUUUAGGAUUAGCAUGGUCGAGUAUGAUAACCACCUCUAUAUAUUUCUACAGAAGACUGUCCUCGCGAUACGCUUGCGUAAUGCUUGCUUCACAUUUGCCGAGAAUUACUUUUCAGUUUGAGGUGGAAGAAUCUGGUGUCAAGGCAACUGAAUAAAAAUUGUGUUAUA